GAGGCAGCCCUGGGCAUGGCUGGGGUGCAAAGAGACGUCCUGCCCUGGGGCUUUUGGAUGGAUGUGGGGGGCCCAGGACCCCUUGAAACCAGGCUCAGCCCCAGGAACUUAUUUCUAAUGCCAGCGAAUGUCUCUGGGGCAGGUGGCGUUGUAACUGCCGGACGUGGCUUUGAGCAGUGGCUGCAGGAGCGCCUGGACUUGGGGGGCAGCGUGGGUCAGGGGAGGAGCUUUUGGCACAGACCCAAAUCCCCUUUGGGCAUUCUUGGGGGGGGGCUCCUUGCCUCUAGGGCACCUGGCCGGGUACCAGGAGGCUGGGCCCCCUUGGGCCUGAUCCUGCCGCGGCAAGGCUCCCCUGUGGUUCUCAGCCUGCCUUCUCCCCCCCCCCCGCCCCGCCUGCAGGGGGCAGACCAGGCGGACUAUGAGGACGAGGACCUGGCGGGGGAGCUGAUGGACGGGGGCGACGAGGAGCCCCGGGCGUGGACCCUGCAGGAGAAGGCUCUGCACGAGGCGCGGCUGAAGGCCAAGGCCAAGCGCCGCCUGCGCCGGACGUCCUCCCGCGACUCCAACCGCGAGUCCCUCUCCGAAGGCGGGGAGCCCCUCCCCGACCCCAGCAGCCCCAAGGGGAAAAGCCACGACCGCAAAUCCCGCAUGGGCAAAGGCCGGGGGCUGCCCAAGAAAGGUGGCGCAGGGGGCAAGGGCGUGUGGGGGGCCCCCGGGGUGGUCUACAGCUACCAGGAGCCGGACGCCCGGGACCCCAACUACGACGAAGUGGCACAGGGGGACACGGUCUACGCCACAGUGGUGCCCGAGCUGGAAGAGGAGGAGCUGGAGAAGGCCGUGCAGCCCAUGAUGAAGGAAUACUUUGAGCACGGAGACACUCUGGAGGUGGUGGAGCUGCUCCGCGAGCUGAACCUGGGCGGGCACAAGGCGUCUGUGCCCUCCCUGGCCGUGGCGCUGUCUCUGGAGGGCAAGGCCAGCCACCGGGAGCUAACCUCCCGCCUGCUCUCGGACCUGGUGGGGAAGGUGAUGAGCCCCGAGGACAUCGCGGCCGCCUUUGACCGGACGCUGAACGACCUUCCCGACCUCAUCCUGGACACCCCGGAGGCCCCGCAGAUGCUGGGCCAGUUCAUCGCGCGGGCCGUGGCGGACCAUGCGCUGCCGCUGGACUUCCUGGAGCGCUACAAGGGGCGCGUGGACUGCGAGCACGCUCGGGCUGCUCUGGACCGCGCGGCCGUCCUCUUGCGCAUCAAGCGGGACGUCAACCGCCUGGACAACGUCUGGGGCGUGGGGGGCGGACAGAGGCCCGUCAAGCAUCUCAUCAAGGAGAUGAACCUCUUGCUCCGCGAAUACCUCCUUUCGGGCGAAGUCUCUGAGGCCGAGCGCUGCCUUCGCCAGCUGGAGGUGCCUCACUUCCACCACGAACUCGUCUACGAGGCGGUGGUGAUGGUGCUGGAGUCCACGGGAGACACGGCCGUGGCCAUGAUGGUGCGGCUGCUGAAGGUGCUGUGGGAGACGGGCCUGGUGACGCUGGACCAGAUGAACCGGGGCUUCCAGCGGGUGUACGAUGAGCUGGGAGACAUCAGCCUGGACGUCCCGCUGGCGCACAGCAUCCUGGAGCGGCUGGUGGACCUCUGCUUUGAGGAGGGCGUCAUCACCAAGCAGCUGAGAGACGCCUGCCCUGCGCGGGGCCGGAAGCGCUUUGUCAGCGAGGGGGACGGCGGCCAGAUCAAGCCCUAGCUUGACACUUCCAGCCCUGGCCUCUGCCCCCUGCGAUGCCCCCCCAGCCCAGCAGGGCCUGCCAGCUUCAAGGGAGAGGCCAGGAGGCUGCACCAGACACCCCUCGCCCCCCACCAGAACCAGCCUGGGAAGGAAAGGGAGCUUUAGCCGCCACAUCCGGGUCAGCCUGGCGAGGGGGUCAAACGAGGGAGCUUGCCCUCCCUCAGGGCACCCCAUCCGGGUCUUGCCCCCCUCCUCCAGCCCCCCCAAACGCAUCUCAGGAAGCAGAGGGGAGCCUGGGGCCCUGGUCCAGCGGGGAUGGCGGCCACCUUGGCAUUCCUGGCCCUAUAGGGCUCCCUAGGGACCCAGGCUUCCUCCAACAGGUCUAGCCCCUUGCUGCAUCCCAAAAGGGCACAAAUUCCUCCCCCAAAGCCCCCUCCGCAGUCCCCUAAUUUCUGCGUGGGGGGGAGCCCUAUCCUUGCUCCUUAAGGCGGGGGGGGGGGGAGAAAAAUCUCAAGGUCUGGGGAAGCAGCUGUCUCGGGUAUUGGGGAGGGCAGAGACAAAACAGCAUCUCGUGAGCACGGCUGGAAGAUAAGGUGGGGGGAAGAGGCGGGGAGGGGCCUGAUGUCCUUGCACGGUGGGGGAAACGGGUGGCACGUGGAAAAUCUAAAAAUAAAAACGUAUCCAAAGGA